CUCCCACAUAUUGUCCUUUGCAAUAACUUGUUUUAUUAUACAUGGCAGAAGUCCAGGCUUGGCCCGGAGAGUGGACCAUAUCCUGAAAAUAUUUAAUCCUGGUGUAUGUUGUAUUAACAUCAGUUACCAGUGCAGGAAUCAUUGCACACUAGCCAAUAUUCAUAAAACAUAAAAUAGCAGACAGAAAAACUUCUCCAAUCAGUCCAUUCUACAAAUAAUGACAGAUAUUUCGAUUUAUUUCAUGGUUCAAACAAACUUAUACUGUCCUGUGACUACAGACUUCUGCUUUAACCAAAGACAAACAAGGAUGGAAAAAUGCACAAAACUUAUCACCCGUGGCUAAAUAUUUCCCACACUUUCCAGAACAGCACUUUUUUGAUUACAUAGUUGCAUUAUCAAUUGUAUUUAGAAAAUUUCUGCUGAUUGUGGUGAAAAUUAGACUGUCUCUUCAAGUUAUGGUCCUUUUUACGAUUUUUCCAGAUUGGAUGCCCGCUAACAUUUGAACAUUACAUGAUACAGAAUAACUGCCCCACUUCCCGCAUCUGCAAACACCCUAGUGAUGACCACUAGAUAGGUGCUUAGCACGUGCUUAGCAAUGAAUUUUUUUCUAGCUGAUGUGUUACCUUAGACUAACGGGCAGGUUUUUAGAACCUGUCUUCAGUGCCCAGCCAAAAUGGGGCAUCAGUUGGACAAGGUUGGAGCUGGCAUGUCUUUACAGGGUACUUGUAAUGCAGUGUAACUCAGCUUAUCAGAUGCCGAGCCAGGCUUUCUGAGACCCGUCAGCAAGGACAGUGGCAGAAGGUUCGGUAACUCACGCCUUGCGGCCCCUUGCUGAGUGCCGUUCUAUUUAGUGCAUUUACUCCUCCAGCGUUAAACCAUUGUACGUUCUGAGUAGCUGGGAAUGACAAUAAGAAACAACGCCCAGAUUGCUGUCAUCGGUCCAGCUGUGCAGGCUACAGCUUAGGGUAACCAGACAGCAAGUGUGAAAAAUCCCGACAGGGAUUGGGGGGUAAUAGGAGCCUAUAUAAGAAAAAGACCCAAAAAUUGGGACUGUCCCUCUAAAAUCGGGACAUCUGGUCACCCUACUACAGCUGCAUGUUUAACAUGUUAUUCUUUAUAUCUAACUUCUACUCCCAUCUCACGUUUUGACCAAAAUAAGGAGGCAGUCAGCUGAAAUGGGGCUUUCCCUUGAAGCAAAAUGUUAUAGAUUUAUCAGUUCCACCCCCCUUCUUUCCCUCUUACCUCCUUUUCCAAAUUGACUUGCAAGAAAAGAGAUUCUUUUGCUUCUUGAUGACAGAGCUGGAGGGCCUGAAAGUUCCCCUCGUGCCCUCAGAAAACCCCUUUUUUCAUUGUUUUCACUUAAAAAUAAAGUCUGUUUUUGGUGGCAAUCUCCUUGGAGGAGCAGCAGCAAACUGCAACCAGGGGGGACUAUUUAGAGACCUUUUCUCCCAACUGUUCAAGAAGCAUUUCUGUACAGUACCUAUUACAAAAAUCCCUUCAUUUCUCUGUUCCUUGGAUUUCACUUCCUUGGUGCUUAUGAUGGCAUUAUCACAUAGUACCUGUUUGUUUCCAGUCACUUUCACUUCAACUGGGUUAGCUGAGCUCUCUACUCAACAUAGAGAUUCUUACAGGACAGAAGAUCUGUAUAGCAGAUUAGAAAACACCAUACAAAACUUUUUUUUAAGAAAAGCCUAUCAGACUGCCUUUAUACAUCAGUCAAAAAGAGGGCUAUCUCCUCACCAGUCUCUCUUUGUGGACCACCAUCCAGACUCUCCAGUUAGCUCAUUUCUGUUCAAUUCCCAUAAAAUACAGCAUCCACCCACUUUCCUCAAUACUCAGUUAUCCAUUAGUACCACUCACCUCAGCCCUCCCGUAGAGCUUUUGAUUAGAGAAUUACAGCAUAGCCCCUCCUCAAAGUCUUCCCAUCUGUAUCCAUACUAAUAGUUACCUAAAGCUAGGUGCAUUUAAAGCACCAGCUGCUAUAAUGGAGGGAUUGUAUCUUUAAUAAUAGCUCUGAUUUCAACAGCUCUUUGUACUGUCUGGAUUAUGAAAUUGAAGUAUUGCUGUCCCAUCUCACUGCAUCCUGGCCUCUGAUUGUUGGGUGGAUUUUGAUCUUUGCAGGUUAUAGGCUGUGACGGGGUGUGCAUACCCUGCACUAGGCAGGAAAGGGUUAAUCCCCCACUACAGGCAGAGGAAGCCCCGCCCCUCAGACCGUGCUGGGCAUGCUCCAACUGCUGUGCUAGUAUAAAAGGAGAGUAGCUCAACUCACUCUGGUCCAACCACCAAGGAGGCAGGAUGCUGGGUCAAGGUUGUAGUGCUGGAGCUGGAGCUGGAGCUGGAGCGCCUGAGACCUGGACUGGAGACCUGUUGCUAUUUGAGUUCUAGGGAGUUACUUGUGCUGAGGAGCCCAGAGACCCCUGUGGACUGCAGCUUCAGGAGCCUGGAAAGAAGACAUUUGGGGAAUCAGUACCAUGAAGUGUGAAGACAACCAUGGCUCAAGCUGCCCCCAUGAGGAACAUGUAGCCCAGUGCCACCGUUCCUUGGACCUCACACAGCUUGCCUGGAACUUGGCUGACUCUUUCCUCUCCCAGCUUCUGUUGGAGGAGCUCGUGCCGGAUGUGCUCCUGGAGACCUUCACGGAGUUUAUCAAGGAUCAGAGACAGCAGCCACUGAAGUCCAGCAAUAGGAAAUCAAAGGGAGAAAAAUCCCAGCAUUUAAGGGAGUCCAUGUCCAUUCUGAAGCAUCUUCCCGACUCAUUACUGGACGAGCUCUUUGUGGAAGUUCUUCGAGAUUUGUCGGCUGACGCCUUCAGAGGUGCCAUGAAGGAUUUCGUUGAUGACUACUUAACCAGGGCUGCCAUUUCUGACAGCAUGGAUGGACUAGUAACGGAGGUGGUUCAGAUGGUCUUGCCUAGCAUUCUCGGAGAGGCUCUCCAAGAGAUGGAAUACGAGGCUAUUCUCCAAGAGGUCAUUUCACACGUCGUCAAGGAGGAUGCUAAAGCCUUAGCUCAAUCAGUCCUCAGUGACUACGAUGCCAAGAGGACAAAGCUGCAGCAAAGCCAGAUUACAGCAUGUGCUAGCAAACAACUUCUUGACCUCUUUCUUCUGGAGCACUUGAUCGGAAUGACUAGUACAAAUCCCCCUGGAUUUGGGGGGAAGGAGCACUCCAGUGCGGUUUUGGACAGUUGGAUGUUUGAUAUUCUCAUCAGGCAGUUCUUUAGCAUUCAGGAGCAGCAGCGAACUACCUCUGAAAAUGUUCCACUGGGAGAUUUCCAUCGAAAAGCUUUUAUCGAUGUGGCUUUGGAUGUUAUCUUGACAGAACUAAACAAACUGGCAGAGGAAGACAUGGAAGAUCUACUGGAAUAUGAAAGAGGAGCUCAGCUGGUGGGUACUUCACUUAAAACAAGACACAAGGAAGGAAAUCCUCUUCAGCUUGAUGUUCUCUGACUUGGAAAAAACAAUCAGCCCUGUCUUCAUCUAUGAAGUUCAUAUGACCGUCUGGCCCCAGCUUGAAAUAAGAAAUGAGCAUUCAGUGCACCACGGAAAUGAGAAUAUUUGAACACAAUGUUUAUUUAAGAAUAAAACAUGUUUAAAUUA